GACCGAUUUGCGGACAAGUCGGAUCUACUAGUGCUGCUGCUGCUACUACUAAACUUUUACAAAUUCAAGCACACAAAAUCGUUGCCUUUCCAAGUUACGCUCUUUGCGGUGAUAUUUCCCUAUUGUGAAAACGAAGCCCACUAAGCUCGCUGUCUACCACUAAGCAAGCAUGAAGCAUGCAUUUGGCAGCUUGCAGCUACUUCUGCUGGCUUGCCUGCAAGAUGUAGUCGGUGCGUCGACGAUACCGCAAGUCGUACUAGAUCCAGUCGCUGGCAAUCACAAAGGCGCUGUAGCCUGUGAGGCGAAGGAAUGUAGCGCCAUCGGUCAAGAUCUGCUUGCUAAGGGCGGAACGGCCGCAGAUGCCAUAGUCGGCACGAUUCUUUGUGUCGGUACUGUAGGCAUGUACCAUUCCGGCAUAGGAGGAGGUGGCUUCGCUUUGGUCCGCAGGCCCGACGGCGAAUAUGAAGCUGUCGAUUUUAGAGAAACGGCGCCCGCUGCUGCCUCUGAAGACAUGUACAAAAAUCACAAGCAAAAGAGCAUUCGUGGCGGUCUCUCAGUGGGAGUGCCCAGCGAGGUGUAUGGCCUGGAGUACCUGCAUAAGAAAUACGGAGCUCUUCCUUGGAAAACUGUUGUCGCAGGCGCCAUAAGAGUUGCGCGUGAUGGUUUCGUAGUGUCCAAGGACCUUGUUAGAAAGAUGAACGAUGAAGUUUCUGGUAAUAGAACAUAUCUCGUGGAUGAUCCAAACUGGGCACUCGACUUUGCACCUAAUGGUACGUUGCUUCAGGAAGGCGACAUCAUGACUCGCAAGAGAUAUGCAGAUACUUUGGAGCGAAUUGCCAACGAAGGAUCUGCCGCGCUUUAUCAAGGCAAGACUGCAAACGAUUUGAUCAGCUUUAUCCGUGAAACUGGUGGAGUCAUGACUCUCGAAGAUCUUCAACAGUACAAGAUCGCGCAUCGCCCAGUUCUCUCCCUUGACUACCGUGGGCUAAAGGUGAAGGCGCUCGGUGCCCCAUCCGGUGGUCCUGUGGCGCUGUACAUCCUGAAGCUGAUGGAGCAAUAUAAGAUGAAUGAUUGGAAUACAGACAAAAAGUUGACAAUCCACCGCUUGUCCGAAGCGAUGCGUUUUGCAUACGCUGCAAGAGGACACCUUGGCGACCCUGGUUUCGGCCAGAGCACUGAUGUGUUGGAGUUUGAACGUCACAUGCUCUCGGACGAGAACAUUGCUUCCACCCAAAAGCGCAUGUCAGAUAACGAGACGAAGUUCCCCACAGAGUAUGAUGAUGAGAAGCUAUUGGCUGUAGAUAGCCACGGCACGUCACACAUGGUGGCUGCUGAUCGAUCUGGUCUCGUCAUCUCGCUGACGACUACGGUCAACUUGAACUUUGGCGCCAGAAUCAUGGAACCAAACACGGGCAUUAUCCUUAACGAUGAAAUGAACGAUUUUUCCAUCCCGGGUGUCAGCAAUGAGUUUGGCUUCGCGCCAUCAGAGGCAAACUUCAUCCGCCCCUUUAAGCGUCCACUCUCUUCAAUGACACCGUUGAUAGCCGAGCUCCCAGAUGGAACAUUCUUCGCUACCGCCGGUGCUGGUGGUGGUUCGCGCAUCAUCUCGGCCACAGCGCAAACCAUGUGGCACUUAAUCGAGCACAACAUGACUAUGGCAGAGGCCAUGACAUUCCGUCGAGUUCACGACCAGCUCAUUCCAAACACCAUCACCAUGGAGAGAGAGUACCCCGAUGCUAACAAUGUGCAUCAAUAUCUCCGUGCCAAGGGACAUUCCGUCACGUCCGUCUGGCCAGGCUUGAGCGCCGUGCAGGGCAUCAUGAGAAACGAAGACGGCUCUUUUGAGGCCGUUGGAGAGCCUAGACAAAAUAAUAGCGCUGGAUAUACUGCAUAAGAAGAUCUUCCUAUGUAUACAACAUGUAUUAAUUUGGAAUCUAGAUACAUAUUACGUCAAUAUCACGAAGUUUUGUUAAAAACAAGC